GUUCAAUUCCAAUAUUAUAUCACGUCCAAUCGUGUCCAUUCGUCGACGAAAUGCCGUACCAUUAAACUUAAUAUUCCUGUUGAAAAAAAAAUUAUAGAACGUGUGGCACAACCUCACAACCAAUCCUCAGAUAAUAGAAUGUCUGUCCUCGGUAUAGGGUUACUUUUUGGCCUUUUAUGCUUGGUAAAUGGGUUACGUGAGUACGAAAAGAAAGAUUUAAUCAGUUUAAGAGAAGAAGUACGAUCCAUGUUCGAUCACGCUUAUUCGAGUUACUUAACCUACGCUUACCCUUACGACGAGCUGCGAUCGUUGAGUUGCGAUGGAUUCGACACAUGGGGUAGUUUCUCCUUGACGCUUAUAGACGCAUUAGACACCCUUGCUGUAAUGGGCAAUUAUUCAGAAUUUCGACGUGUAGCAGCGAUCAUAAGCGCCAGAGCAAACUUUGAAGCGAACAUAAAUGUAUCUGUAUUUGAGACUAAUAUACGAGUAGUCGGGGGAUUGCUCAGUGCUCAUCUUCUGUCUCGUAAAGCAGGCAUAGAUCUGGAACCAGGAUGGCCCUGCAAUGGCCCGCUAUUGCGCCUUGCUGAAGAUAUGGCAAAACGGUUGAUCGCAGCUUUUGAUACUCCAACAGGAAUGCCAUAUGGUACAGUCAAUUUGAAGUAUGGAGUGCCCGAAGGUGAAACAAGCAUUACAUGCACUGCUGGCAUUGGUACAUUUUUGUUAGAAUUCGGGACUUUGUCCAGAUUGACUGGAGAUCCAUUGUACGAAGAAAUAGCUAUGAAUGCUAUUAAAGCAUUGCAUUAUUAUAAAUCAAAUAUUGGAUUAGUUGGUAACCAUGUUGAUGUAUUAACUGGACAUUGGACAGCUCAAGAUUCUGGAAUUGGCGCGGGUGUUGAUUCCUAUUUUGAAUAUUUGGCAAAGGGUGCCUUACUGUUUCAAAAUCCACUGCUAGCAACAAUUUUUCAUGAACACAAAGCUGCCAUAGAGAAAUAUGUUCGUAGAGAUGAUUGGCACUUGUGGGUUUCCAUGACUAAAGGUCAAGUGACCUUGCCAGUAUUUCAAUCUCUGGAUGCUUAUUGGCCUGGGGUACUGAGUCUCUUUGGCGAAAUUGGAGAUGCUAUGAGAUCAGUACAUAAUUAUCAUCGUGUUUGGAAACAAUUUGGAUUUACACCAGAAUUUUAUAACAUUCCACAAGCAGAAGCAGGCACUAAUAGGGAAGGGUAUCCCUUGAGACCAGAGCUCAUAGAAUCAGUUAUGUAUUUAUAUAGAGCAACAGGUGAUCCUUAUUUAAUACAAGUAGGAGUGGACAUAUUAAGAAGUCUACAGCACAGCGCCAAAACUAUGUGCGGAUAUGCAACAAUCAAUGAUGUCAGGGACCAUAGAAAGGCAGACAGAAUGGAAUCUUUUUUCUUGGCAGAGACAACAAAAUAUCUUUAUCUACUCUUUGAUCUCGAUAACUUUAUUCAUAACAAUGGCCAGAAAGGAGAAGUUAUUCAGACUCAGUGGGGCCAAUGUGUUGUAGACGCAGGUGGUUACAUUUUCAAUACAGAAGCACACCCGAUAGACCCUGGAGCACUGUAUUGUUGUCGUAGAAAUGAAAAUUUGUUCCCAGAUCAGAAGGCAAAAUUAUGGAAAUUUGUUCCUGUAAAUAAUGAAAAAGAAGAGGAAAAUACAGAGCACGGUAUACCGUAUCAAGAUGAUGUCAAAGAUAACGAUAACGAUAAGCAAUUGGUUAAAAUCGUUAAAUUAUCUGAAAUGCGACAUACUUUUACAAACGAGGGAGAAAACAAUCUUAAUACAAAUCCAAUCAAUUCUGUUCAGCCUAUAAACGAUAAGACUGAUGAAAUUACAACAGAGGAAAAUAAAUUAAGUACAAAUGAUCCAGUCCCAGAAUCAUUGAAAGUACAAGUUGUCGCGCCUCCCUCGGUACUUUACAAAGCUGACGAUAGCGAAAGUAUCGAUACUUUCGAGGCAUCUACCGAUGGACACUAUUCUGCCCCUGCUAUAAGGAAUCGUACGAAAUCGUUUAAACAGACUGCUACGAAAACAAUACGAUUCGAACCGCAAAUUCUACUAGAGAGUGUCAGAAAGAGGAAUUUAUAUCCUACAAAUGUUUCUGCAAGACUGAAUUAUCAGAUUUUGUCUUGUCAAUCUCAAUCAUUCCUGCAACGUAUAUCUAUUAUGGGAGAAUUUUUUUAAUGUUACUUGAAAGAAUGUUGGACAUUGAAAACA